AUGAAGACAGAAAUUACUGAAAACAAAAUGGUUACAUUCGAAUAUCACAAUGUAGAACGACGAAUACUUUUGCACAGAGAUGUUCCUCUGCGAGAAAUACAUGAUAUUCUGAAAUCUGACUUUGGUCUUCCUGCCAGCGCUUCUUUGUUAUUGUUCAACAUCGUGGGAAAUUAUUCCGUUUGUGGUUCAACAGCAGGUAUUCUCUGGGCUUUAAAUGAUGCCAAAGUACCCAAAUAUAGGAUUGUUGUUGGUGGUGAAACAUCUAAAGAUGGUGAAAAAGUUGAACAGGAUGGCUGGUACAAAUGGUUUAUGAAAAACUAUAUUUUAAAAGUGUUUGGGUCCGAAUAUCCUGAUGAACAAAAGAAGAUCGAUUGA